GUCAAGGGUUCAGGGGUGAAAUGUGAGAGGCUAAGCUCGUUGGGAAGUGUGUAAUGGCAAUUCGUUAUAUGGGAACUAGAAUAUUUCACAAUAGAAACCGAGACAAGCAAUAGUAAUAUUUGUUCUGUUUUAUUUAACCCGAAGCAACAAAUAAAAUCAAAUGGCGUCAACGGCGGCUGGAAAACAAAGGAUCCCUAAAGUAGCCAAGGUGAAAAACAAAGCUCCCGCCGAGGUGCAGAUCACUGCGGAGCAGCUACUGAGAGAAGCUAAAGAGAGAGAGCUUGAGCUUCUCCCCCCACCGCCAAAGCAGAAGAUCACAGACGAAGAAGAGCUGAACGACUACAAACUAAAGAAAAGAAAAGGAUUUGAGGACAACAUCCGAAAAAACAGAACAGUUAUCAGCAACUGGAUAAAGUAUGCACAAUGGGAGGAGAGCUUAAAGGAAGUACAGCGAGCACGUUCCAUAUACGAGCGCGCUCUCGAUGUGGAUCACAGGAACAUCGCGCUGUGGCUAAAGUAUGCCGAGAUGGAGAUGAAGAACCGGCAGGUGAACCAUGCUCGCAAUAUCUGGGACCGAGCCAUCACCAUCCUCCCCCGGGUCAACCAGUUCUGGUACAAGUACACGUACAUGGAGGAGAUGCUGGGGAAUAUUGCUGGCUGCCGACUGGUGUUUGAGCGCUGGAUGGAAUGGCAGCCAGAGGAGCAGGCGUGGCAUUCCUACAUCAAUUUUGAACUGCGCUACAAAGAGGUGGAAAAAGCACGUGCCAUCUACGAGAGAUUUGUUAUAGUCCACCCAGACGUAAAGAACUGGAUUAAGUAUGCUCGGUUUGAAGAAAAACAUGGCUACAUUGCUCAUGGCAGGAGGGUGUUUGAGAGGGCAGUGGAGUUCUAUGGAGAGGACAUCAUGGAUGAACAGCUCUUUGUGGCCUUUGCAAAGUUUGAAGAGAAACAAAAAGAGUUCGAAAGAGUGAGGGUGAUCUACAAAUACGCUUUAGACAGGAUCCCGAAACAGCAAGCCCAGGAGCUCUUCAAAACCUACACUGUCUUCGAGAAGCGGUUUGGAGAUAGAAGAGGAAUUGAAGAUGUCAUCGUCAGCAAGAGGCGCUUUCAAUAUGAAGAGGAAGUGAAGGCUAACCCUCACAACUAUGAUGCGUGGUUUGACUACUUGAGGCUGGUGGAAAGUGACGCAGAUCCAGACCCUGUUCGGGAUGUGUACGAGAGGGCCAUUGCAAAUGUGCCACCCAUCCAAGAAAAAAGGCACUGGAGGAGAUACAUUUACCUCUGGAUUAACUAUGCAUUAUAUGAGGAAUUGGAAGCCAGGGAUCCAGAGAGGACAAGACAGGUGUACCAAGCGUGUCUGGAACUCAUUCCACACAAAAAGUUUACCUUUGCUAAAAUGUGGUUGUUAUAUGGGCAGUUUGAAAUCAGACAGAAGAACCUCCCUUUCGCCAGGAAGAGUUUGGGCACAGGUAUUGGCAAAUGUCCAAAGAACAAACUUUUUAAAGGGUACAUUGAACUGGAGCUGCAGUUGAGAGAGUUUGACCGCUGCAGGAAGCUGUAUGAAAAAUACCUGGAAUUUGGCCCCGAGAACUGUACCACUUGGAUUAAAUUUGCUGAACUGGAGACUAUCUUGGGAGAUAUGGAUCGAGCACGUGCAAUAUAUGAACUGGCGAUAGGUCAACCCAGGCUAGACAUGCCAGAGGUACUUUGGAAAUCAUACAUUGAUUUUGAAAUUGAACAAGAAGAAUAUGAGAAGACAAGAGAGCUUUAUAGGCGGUUGCUGCAGCGCACUCAACAUGUGAAGGUAUGGAUCAGUUAUGCACAGUUUGAGCUGUCUUUGGAAAGCGAGACGAGGCUCGCCAAAUGCCAGCAGAUCUACGAGGAGGCCAACAAGGCCAUGCGGAAUUGUGAAGAGAAGGAGGAGAGACUCAUGUUACUGGAGUCCUGGAGGGACUUGGAGGCUGAGUUCGGCACAGACGUCACACGGGACAGAGUGCGCAAACUCCUUCCAGAGAAAGUCAAGAAAAGGAGAAAGCUCCAGGCCGAAGAUGGGUCAGAUGCUGGCUGGGAGGAGUACUAUGAUUACAUCUUUCCUGAGGAUUCUGCCAACCAACCCAAUCUUAAACUGCUUGCUAUGGCCAAAAUGUGGAAGAAACAAAAACAGCAGGAGGAAGAACCCGAAGAACCAGACGACUUGGGUGAGUCAGAAGAGACGGAAGAGUCUGAGUCAGAAAAGGUGGACGUACCAGAACAUGAGGAAGAGCAGAAGGAAGCAGAAGCCCCAACUGAGCAGGACACUGAUGGCGCUGAAAAAGGAAAAUGAAUCUUAACAUGCUGUUUGUAAGGAUUUUGCAGAACUUUUUAUACCACCACACUGAUUGUGACCCUGCCUUGUACAUUAACUUACAUUGAGAGGAGUUUUCUAUAUGCCCCCCUCCCCUCCCCUUUUUUUUUUACAAGAAUAAAACAGAUUGUUUUGGAUU